ACAAAUAUUACUGUAGAAAAAGAUAUAGAAUAUGCAAUUAUUGUAUAUUUUACAGUAAAAAUAUAUUAAACUGUAAUUACAUUUACAGCAAUUUAAAUGGUACUGUAAAUAUUGAUACUGUAAGUUUAAUUUACAGUAAGUUACUAGUGAACUGCUGCCAGUAAGUUACUGUAAAUUCUACAGGACAUUUUUUACAGUGUAGCAUUUGCCAUGUGGUUGAUGCCCAAUGUCGCUAGCUGAGCAGAAAUACAUUAUCAUGUUUCGCUUGGACCCUUCAAAGUCAUGUUGGAUUUCCUCCUUAAGCUUUAAGGUUGAGAAGUGCCUGGACUUCGCUGUCAGUCCAUCUAUCAGUGUUUUCCAUGUUCGUAGAGUUAGUUUGUGAAAUAAAUAUGUAGGCUUUAAACCCCAGAAACAUUUCUCCUGGGCAAAAUACCUUUAUAAUGACUUUCUAAGCCUUGUGUUUUGUUUUUUUGUUUUUUUGUGGGAGGAGCAAUAGUUGGGCACUAUAAAAACCAAUGCAGAAGCUUUCUGCCGCUGCAGAUGAAAAGGAGACUCAAGAGGAAACCAAAAUAACAGACAAACAGGCUGCUAUCACAGAAAAAACAGGAGAUUGUCCAGAUGGAAAAAAGCCAGUCAGCUGUUGACAACAAUCAAAAAAUGGCAAUAGAAAGCACAAAAAGCAAAGAUGUUGCAAAUAUUAUAAAGAACAACUGGAGCAGUAAAAUGGCUGAUGGAAGCAAUGAAAACCUGCCCAUGUUUAAACUCAAACUGUCUGAAACAUGGAAGAACAGUGACGGAUUCUGCAGAAGAAGCACAUUUGGGACAGAAAACAUCAAGAAAAAGAACAAGACCAUCAUGAUGAUCGGAGCCACUGGUUCAGGAAAAACCACUCUAAUUAACAGCAUGAUCAACUACAUUCUGGGAGUGCAAUGGGAAGAAGACUUCCGGUUUGUGCUGAUAGAUGAAGGGAAGGAGAAAUCCCAGGCUGAAAGUCAGACUUCAGCGAUAACGGCAUAUCAAAUCAAUUACAUGGAUGGUUUCAAGAUUCCACAUUCUCUGACCAUAGUGGACACACCAGGAUUCGGUGAUACCAGAGGAAUCUCUCAUGACCAGAAGAUCACAAAGCAGAUUCAGGAGUUCUUCUCUAAUCCAGGAGGGAUCGACCGCAUUGAUGCCGUGUGUUUUGUAGUCCAGGCUUCACUUGCCCGUCUGACGCACACACAGAAAUACAUCUUUGACUCCAUUCUCUCCAUAUUUGGGAAGGAUAUUGCUGAAAACAUCUUUGUGCUGGUCACCUUUGCAGAUGGGCAAACACCUCCUGUUCUGAAAUCUGCAGAGGAUGAGACGUCUGUCUUUAACCAAAUGUUCUGGAUGAUGGGACUUUCUAGCAUGAAAAAAUUCUUCAUAUCCCUCCACAAGAUGGAAACCAAGAGCUUGUCUCUGACACGGGAGGUCCUGAAAGAGCGACAGCAGCUGGAAGUGCUUGUGGAAGGUCUCCAGCCCCAAAUCAAUGCUGGUCUGAUGAAACUGGAUGAAAUAAAGAAGACAAGAGCAGCUCUGGAGCAGCACAAGGCUGAGAUGGAUGCAAACAAGGAUUUUGAAUAUGAAGUAGAAGUAAAUGCUCCAAAACAGAUCGAAAACAACACUGACUACUACUUGACCAACUGCCAAAAGUGUAAUUUCACAUGUCAUGAGACAUGCAAAAUUGCAGAUGACAGAAAAAGAUUUUUCUGCAGUGCCAUGGCAGAUGGAAAGUGCACAGUCUGUCCUGGAAAGUGUCACUGGAAAGUGCACUUUAAUCAGGAAUACAGAUGGGAAUAUGUGACAGAAAAGAAAAAGGAAACCUAUCAGGAAUUAAAAAAAGCGAUAUGA